UUUUCCACCACCACCGCCCUCCGCAACAAUGCCUUCGAACACCUCCAAUCCUCCCUCCCUAAACGCGAAAUCCAGCCAACCUUCGAAGACCUCUCUCCUCAAACCUCCUACCGUCUCGACAUGACCCUCGCCGACUUCCUCCCCUCCACCGACCCUCCACCUCUCCUCCCGCCCACCUCUCCACCCCGCCAACUCCCCAUCCCCCACCACCUCCUCUACUUCGAACCCUCCAAGCGCGCCUCGGCCAUGCUCCCCGACGGCACAAACCCCGACCAAUCUCCCGGAGAACCCUUCGUCCGCCGCAUGUGGGCCGGCGGCCGCGUGCUGUACAACCAAGCCAAUCCCCUCCUGCUCGACGGCAGUCGAGGCGUGUGCGCCGAAUUCAUCCGCAGCGUAACCGUAAAAGGCAAAGAAGGCGACGAGAAACUCUUCGUGGCGAUCGAGCGACGGUUGGCGAAAGCUUCCAAAUCCGAAGUCGAACAGAUGUCCACAGCCACGGACUCGGAACAAGCAAGAAACGACCUCGACCACCGCGUCCGACAGCGACUAUGGCGAGACAGCGACGAGGACUUUGGCGACUGCAGCGUGCUCGAAACGCGAAACAUCGUCUUCAUGCGCGCUCGCACACCCGAACAAGCCAAAUCCGACGCCGCGAAAACAGGCGGGAAAAUCCUCAAACCUACUCUCACACCGGACUAUACGCACACCAUCCUCCCCGACCCGAAACUCCUCUUCCGAUUCUCCGCUUUGACCUUCAACGCACACGCCAUCCACCUCGACCCGGAGUACUCGCGGGAGAUUGAGGGACAUCGGAAUCUGCUCUUCCACGGACCCAUGAGUUUUACGUUCCUGGUUACCCUGUUGCAGCAGGAGUUGAAGAAGCAGGGGAAUGAAGUGAUCAAAAAGGUGGAGUAUAGGAAUGUAGCGCCGCUGUAUUGUAAUGAGGAAGUGACGUUUUGUGGGACGAAGACGGGCGAGAGGAAGUGGGAGAUUUGGGCGCAGACGCCUGAGGGAGGGAUUGCGGUAAAGGGGAGCGUGUGGACGGAGGCAGGGCCGUGAGAGAGAGGCAGGGAGGGGAAUGUAGCAUAUGAAUAUGAUGAAGAAUCCAAUGUGUACAGAUCA